AUGGGCUCAUCCAACGAUCUCGAAUUACCCACGUAUCUCCCAGCCGAUGGAGCCAUGUCGUAUAUGAUGUACAGAGAGACGACUCUCGGAAAAGCGCUUACGGAAACUCUGGAUCAGUUCAUCGAAGAGAAUCUCAUUAGCCGUUCUCUGGCGGCAAAAACUUUGGCCAUCUUCGACAAGAAUAUCAAUAAGGCGCUUGCAUAUAAAGUCAAAACCAGGAUGCAAUUCAAAUCCGAACGGCUAUUAGCAUAUCGAUAUUGCGAUAAUGUUUGGACUUUCAUAUUAAAAGAUGUCGAUCUUCAUGAUAUCAUUUGGCAAUUCGAACAAAAAAUUGACAAGUUGAAGAUAGUGGCUUGUGAAGCUAUCACGCGUCCCAUGCCAGUACUACCUCUUACUUCGUCAUAA